CAAAUCAAAAUCUACAGGUGACACAUCGACACGGCAAUGUGGCUGCGGCGACUUUGCGGCCAUGUCCUAGUACGUCCAACCAAUGCCAGCCUGCAUCGAGCACGCUUCUCCACCAAAGAAGGGCGCGAGGAAGAGCGCUUCUUCUCGCUCUUGGUGGUCAACCGCCCCGGGACACUGGCGCAGAUCGCGCAGGCAUUUGCCGCCCUGCACACCAAUGUCGGGUCGUUGUCGGUCCAGCCGACCGUCGUGCCUGAGUUGAGUCGCAUGACCAUCUCUGCCUCGGUCAACGAACACACGACGGCGCGCAUCCUCCGUCGGCUUCGGCGCAUGGUGUGCGUGACCUUCCACCACGUCACCACCAUGCACCAGUGUCUCGUGGACGACGCGUGCGUGCUGCAGUCUCAGCUUCUCCUGCGCCUCAACGUCCCUCCGUACCACACGACCGCCGUCGCGGCCCUUCUCGCAAAACACAGCGGACACGUCAUCGAUGAUUCCCACAACGACACAGAUGUUGUUCCAUCGUCGUCGAGCGAGGUUGCCAUCGAACAUUCCUCGACGAAGACGACUCCAUUAUCCACGACGAUCGUGCACGCCGUGAACGCCCCGCACGUCCUCAACACCCUCGUGCAUCGACUCACUCUUCUUCACGGCGUGCGCAUUCUCGACUGUCACACGGCGGCCCCAUGCUUCCUCGACAUUUCCUCCCAGGUGACCCUCCAGCCCAAGCCACUGCAUGCCGCCACCACCACCGCCAUCCGCCCGACCUACUCAAACUCGCGCCGCAAGCUCCACGACCGCAUAGCCGCGCAGCUGUUCUUCCCGCAGCACGUGCCGUCGCAGCUGGCCCAGCCCAAGUUUAUCUUGCUGCUGGGGAUUCCCGGCGCUGGGAAAUCGUCCAUUUUGAGCGAACUGGACCAGUCGGAGCGCAUCGUGUUGAACGAUUUCGUCAACUUUGACGUGGAUGACGUGAUCGCGCUCUUGCCAGAGUUCUACAAAGCCAUGCUCAACAUUGGGCUCGGCAACGUCCAAGCGCAAGCCCCCACGGACCCCCACACCCGGUACCUCCAGUGCCAGGAAGAGGCCAAGUUCAUAUUGGACGCCAACCUCAAGCAGGCCACGGCCGACCGCCGCAAUGUGAUUCUGCAUGGGAGUGGGCGAAGUUUGGACAAGUACGAGCUCCUGCUUCGGUCGCUGGACCGUCGGUACGAAGUCCACGUCAUGUGCGUGGACAUCCCCGUGGAAUUGGCGCUGAGCCGGGUGGAGGCUCGGAGCAGGGGCUACGGGCGUAAUGUGCCCAAGGAGUUUGUGGAGGACGCCGCCGUGAGAAUUCGGCGGACGUUUCCCGCCCUGGCCAGCCAAUUGCCGUAUGCUCAUGUGUUUGAUAGCACAAAGUGGCCGCCCACUCUCGUGUGGAGUAAGCAGCAGCAUCAUGUGGUCGUCCAUGAGCCAGGCCAUCCCGUCCAGAAAAAAUAUGGACUCUAGAUCUAGGUCUAUAGCGUUCAUGUGUUGAAACAUUAUAUUAAUAGACAAUAUAUGACAGUACC